AUGAGGCAACUUGAAAUGAAGAUCCCAUUCUUGGAGGCCAUGGAGCAAAUGCCUCAAUAUGCUAAGUACUUGAAGACUCUGGCCAUCAUCCAAGCCACAUGGGCCAAGAAAGAAAAGGUUCGAGGACCCUUUGUGCUUUCGGUCACUCUUGAGAAGCUCAAUUCCAAGGGAGCACUCACUGAUUUAGGGGCCUCAAUUAGUCUCAUGCCGAUGUCUAUUGCCAAGCAACUAGCUUUUAAGCUCAAGCCAUCAAGAAAAACCAUCCAACUCACCGACCGAAGUGUUAAGAUUCCAUGUGGAGAGUUUGAGGAUCUACCUAUCCAAGUGGGAAACGUCGUAGUCCCAUGUGAUUUCAUUGUUCUAAACAUGGUCGAGGAUCCUUACACUCCCCUCAUACUUGGGAGAGAUGCUUUGAAGACCUUGGGUGCCCAUAUUGAUUGUGAAUCAGAGACUAUUAAUAUAUGGGUCGCUCCUAGCUCAGAUAUGAUUUCUCUCUUUUUUUUUCUUGUUUGA